GUUAGCUAGCGUUAAGUAGCUAACAAGCCGACAGGCAGCUAAGGGAAAACUUCCAAUGAAAGCACUUAAACUUGACAGCGUCUUGAAGCUUCUCUGGAUGUGCACAUCCGUGCAACAAUUAAACAGGGAAGAAGAAAACUUUAGUUCACGUUACCUGUGCGCGGAUGCGGCUAACUGUUUUAGCUGUGCCCCGUUAGCCGUUGUAGAUGCUUAUUGAAAUCCUCAGCACCGGGCCGCACUGGACGUUUUAGCGCAAAGGGCUGUUAUCGCAGACGGUGCAUAUAGAUGUACUAGCAGUUUAUCAUCUGCUGUCUUUCGCUCUCGGCAAAGACGCCAGACUCGCUGAUUGACUGCCCGGAAAGACUGUUCCACUCUGCUGGGCCUCUGCUGUCAGCUGAAGCAAACUACAUCAUUCGCGGGAUGCGCUCUCCCCCUGCUGUUAAAAUGUGUUGUUUGCAGUUUGUGUCGGAUGCCUGUAAUACGUUUAUUAUCUAUUUUAGAUCCGAGUAGAGACAUAUAAUCUAAGGCAAAGGGAUAAGAUAAGAAGAAGACCGAUAUGUUUGUAAAGCAUUCAACGUCAGUGUUUAUCUCCGCUAACUACAACUUUCUCCCUGUUAUCUGCUUAGAAAGUGAUUUCCCAUGGCAAACUCAAUUUCCCACGAGCGCCUGGGUGGGGACGCACAUUUACGUUUCGACGCGAUCUGAGCCCUGGUUGAGGCAGUCCAGUCAGAGGCCAUAUUGGAAUAUAUGAAGUCGGCUUGCACUUUGAUGGAACUGAGUGUCUGCCGUUUUGAGAGUCUCUAUACUGCUAUCCAGGAUUUAUACGCGAGUGAUUGCAACAGGCAUUCCACUUGAGACUCUGCUAAGUCUGGACGGCAAGUUGUCUCGCUUCUUUUAUUGGGAAAAAUGAGUCCAACCGAUGCUAAACGGGGGGCUAAACGCAGGAAGAACAAGCGGGGCGGUGGCAGUAGCUGCAGUGCUGUCUGCAAUACCAGCGGUGGCAAGGCCGGGGUUGUUUCGGCCCUGGGCUGUGAGGGAACAGCAGCACCUGCCUCUGUCGUCGGCUUUUUGACACCUGGCAGUGCAGGCAGCGGGAAUAUAGGAUCCAUCACGGGCAUAAACGACGAGGUCAAAGUGAACAGCGGCGUUACACCACAGUUUACGGAAGGACCGGUGAAUGCUGACUUCUCUGGAGUCCUUCAGACCCCAUUCACAUUUGGCCUGAACCAGCGAGCGCCCUACACUGCUGGUGAUCGCUGCCUCUUGUGUCGAUGUGAGCGUAAAGACACUGUUGUGCCUUCAGAGGCAGGCAUCUCAGGCCAGAACGGUACGGCACAGCCUGCCAAGACUCCCAGUGCCCUACAGCUGCCUCUGUGGGUGUGCUCUGACUGCAGGCGCACAGUGGAGAAGGAGGACCGACAUACUACUCUAGAGCAGUCUUUAGGGAGUCAGGACUUUCUUUUGCACAUGCCUGUGGGUAAUGGAAACUUGGGCCAGGAGGCAGCCACAGGGGACAGACUGACCACUGCUGCGCCUACUCUACCCAUGCUUCCUGCCCCGGACCUCACCACGCCGAUGCCUGCUGAUACAGUGUGCAGCUGCGAAGCUUGCAACGAGAGGCGGGAGAUCUCUGCCGAGUCGGAGAGGGAGUCGCAGCAGCUGCAGAAUCAUUGGUCGGAGCUUCGCUACCUGGUGCGCUACAUCUACAGACAGACGGGGACGCCACUUGCAGAUGACCACGACCAGCCUCUAGAGAGAGACAAGGAGGGCAUGAAGGAGCUGGUGGAUAGACUCUGUGAAAAGGAUCCCUAUCAGCUCUACCAGCGGUUGGAGCAGCAGGCUCGGGAAUACGUCUUGGAAAUGAAAGUGCGUCUACUGAAGCACCUUUCUGCAGGUUCCAAGAACACGGGACCACCUGGGACCAUAGCUGCAGCCCAAGGUCCUCCUCAAGCCCACCAGUUCAUCUCACUUUUGCUGGAGGAAUACAACGCCCUCUGUCAAGCUGCACGAACCAUCAGCAGCUUCCUGCUCACCCUGGAAAAUGAGCACCUCCAGAAAUUUCAGGUGACCUGGGAGCUGCACAACAAACACCUUUUCGAGAAUCUGGUUUUCUCCGAACCGAUCUUACACAGCAGUUUACCGGCACUCAUUGCACAGCUUAGGCAUGGCACAGCUUCCCAUGAUUCAUACAGUGAAGAUACGUACAGGACGUUAUUAGAGAGCUACCAGCAACUGCAGCAGGAGAUGGCUUCAGUGGCUGCUCAGUGGCAGGAGUGUGAGAAGAGGAUUGAUGACUAUGUGGAUGAACAGAUGCUUUUUAAGGUGGAGGGUCAGAAUAUUACCAACCAAAGAACAGAGCCACACAAGUCUUUAAUUAGCAAAAAUACUUUAAAGACUAAGCAGGGAAUGCUGAAAGAGGACUGGGAAUUCUUUAAGCAAAGAAGGUUUAUAGAAGAACAGUUACCCAACAGUAAGAAAUCCCCCACCGGAGAUAACAACUUCACAGACACAAUGAGAAUGCUGUCAUCUCGUCUGAGUAUUCCAGACUGUCCAAACUGCAAUUACAGAAGAAGGUGCACAUGUGACGACUGUAGCCUCUCUCACAUCCUAACGUGUGGCAUAAUGGACUCUCCCAUCGCUGAGGACCUCCACAUCAAACUACCCAUGCAAGGGGAUCCUCCCCGGGACUUCUUGGCAGGGGUGCACCCUCCUAGCCUCUCCUCCGGCAGUUCAGCGUCCGGCUCCAACUCCAGUUCUCCCAUCACCAUCCAGCAGCAUCCGAGACUCAUUCUGCCUGAAGGGGACACCAACACUUUCAUUAGCGAUGAUGACGAAGUGCCUCCGUUGUCCAGUAAGUUUGGGGACAUGUACCCUAUGAGUGGUUAUGAGGACAACGGCGUGGUGACUGCUGCUGUGAACGGUCUUCAUAACGACAUCAACGGGGAAGGUGAAAACGUGGCGCUAAAGACAGGGUCUCCUCGCAUUACCAGCAGCAGCAGCUCAUCGGAGGGUGACGAGGAGGAAGCUAAUAGCGAGGGUGGUGGGGAGCCCCCAGGGCAGCAGGAACAGCUUUCCUCAGGAAAGACCAAUAGUCCUCCACCCUCCUACAACCACCAACAGGCAGAGCAGGUCCAGCAUGCCUGCGAGUGCCACGUGUGCAACCAGGACCCCAGCUCUUCCACCCUGGGCCCCGCCACGUGUUUGCCCCCUAGUCGGCUCCACGCUGCGCCUCCUCCCCCCGCUGUUGGACACCAAUUCUUCACAGACAGCAAGACCCCCCCUGCACACCCCGCCCUCCACUUGUACCCACACAUCCACGGCCACUUGCCCCUACACAACUUCUCCCGGCCCCUCCUGCACCCCACACUCUACCCACCAAGCCCACCUCUCACACACAACAAGCCUCUGCCCCCCAAUCCUAUAUCAAACCACUCGGCGGCCAAGCAGCCAGCCUUCAGUGCGUCUUUACCAGAGCAUGUAUACCAGAACUGCUUCGGCGGUGCGGGCAGUGCAGGUGACUGGAACAGCUCUCUGCAGUGCCUCUCGCUCAAGUUUGAGAAUUUAUGGGACGCUGCUGUGAUGAAGAGCUGGAAUCCGUCUGUGCUGUUGCCCGAAUCGCUUCCAGGUGAUAUGCUUGGACCACCACUCGCUGAUGUCCCCCUCCCUCCAACAUCAUCUAUUUGCCCCCAAGGGGAACAUCCCUCACUGCCCACGCCUCUGCCCCCUUCUUCGUCUUCUUCCUUGUCAUCAUCUUUGUCGUCAUCCUCCUCGUCCUCAUGCUCCUCUUCAGAAGCCAAAGAGCAGAAGAAGACCGGCGGCAAGAAGAAGUGUCUCUACAAUUUCCAGGAUGCCUUCAUGGAGACGAAUCGAGUGGUGAUGGCCACCUCCGCCUCCACGUCCUCAGUGUCCUGCACUGCUACCACUGUCCAGUCAAGUAAUAACCCACCCAUCCACCUAGCAUCUAAAAGACCCAACUCUUUAGAUGACGUAUUUCACAAUCUAGGUAAAGAGGACCACAGGCAACCCACUCCAACCACCCCUAGAAAUGGCUCCACAGGACUUACCUCCCUCCCUCCUCUCUCGGGGCCCCCGCUCCCUCCAGCACCCACCGCGCACCUCCCGACAAUAGGAUCACAACCCUUCCCAAAAAUGGCCACUCCAGCGCCAGACUUUGCAGACUCCCACCAGGGUCAUUGCCUCCCACCCGCAGAACCUCUGGCCACCUCAAUGGAUGGGCCCAUCAGUGCCCCACCCAGCGUCUGCAGUGAUCCUGACUGUGAAGGCCAUCGCUGUGAAGGGAAUGGGGGGUACGAGCAUCCGCCAUAUGAUGGAGAGGAGAGUCAGGACGAGGACAGCUGCUCGGAGCACAGCUCUUCCACCUCCACGUCCACCAACCAGAAAGAAGGAAAGUACUGUGACUGCUGCUACUGCGAAUUCUUCGGACAUGGCGGGCCCCCAGCUGCUCCUACCAGUCGAAACUAUGCAGAAAUGAGGGAGAAGCUUCGCUUACGUCUGACAAAACGCAAAGAGGAACAGCCGAAGCGCGAGGAACAGCAGCCGGUAAUAGAAAGAGAUGGAGGGGUGGAGGACCACAGGCGGGUGGAGGACCUGUUGCAGUUUAUCAACAGUGCUGACAGUAAACCCGCUUCCAGUUCUAAGGCAGCAAAACGAGCAAGGCACAAACAAAAGAAGAUGGAAGAGAAGGCCCGUCUGGAGGCGGAGGCCCGCGAAAGGGAGGAGCAGCAGUUGUUGGAGGAACAGCAACGGCGACAGAGGCAGGAAGAGGAAGAAGCGCUUCAAAAAGAACUGCUCCGACUGCAGGAGCUGCAGCAACAUCGCGCUGCCAAAAAGAAAAAGAAAGAGAAAGCAAAGGAAAAUACCGCUCCCCCUCACAACAAUCCACAGCCCCUUAAACAGACAGCUCAGAACGUCUUAGAUAAUCUUCAGAAUGGAAAGUCACAGCUGCUUCAAACUCUCAUCCGCCUCCCUGACCAGAAGGAACCCAGAUUUGACUCACUACCCCGGCCCCAUUUACAGCACAGCCCAAACUGCGCUGCUGAAAAGGGGUUUACCGCUGAGACCAACAUCCUCAAUUCUCCACCUGACCUCCUCAACGGCACCUCCUCUCUACUCGAGGUCAGCAGUAAAUCUAAGGGUAAGCAGUCCGCUAAAGUGCCCACCUCUGAGGCUGCUGUAAAGAAAGCCCCAGAGUUACCCAAGAGCUCCGAUGCGCCUGUAAAGCUCGCUAAUGGCGCUACCACUACAACAGACACCAAAGCAAUGCGAACUAGGCCCGUUGAAGCCCUCACUCCUCUCCCAACCAGUGAACCCCAGAGGGAGGAAAGGAGCAAUAACAGAAGUGCCAGCGGUAAAAGGCAGCAACACCAACCUCUAGCCCAAACAAAGGAAGACAGGAUAAGCCCCCCUGUGUCAAACCCCUCUCCGUCUCCCCCUCCAACCUCCCAGUCCGAACAGACCCAGCAGAACGGCAAACCUCCGACCGCAGAGUCCCCACAGCCCAAAGGCAAGACCAAGAAGAGCAAGAAGAAGAAGGCGGACAAGAUGAACAGCUCGAUAGAUGAUGUAUUCCUGCCCAAAGACAUCGACCUGGAUAGCACUGAAAUGGAUGAAACGGAGAGGGAGGUGGAGUACUUCAAAAGAUUUUGCUUAGACUCUGCCCGGCAGACCCGUCAACGGCUAUCCAUCAACUGGUCAAACUUUAGCUUGAAGAAAGCUACGUUUGCUGCACAUUGAGGGUGUUUAGUGAGUGACUGUCAGGACACAAUCAGUACCUUAACAGCUAUACAAACCCAACCCCGACCCUCCACUUCUCCCUUUACUUCCACCCAACUGUUAUCCUCCUGGAACUUCUCCCGCUGUGCCCAAAUCACACCCACGCUGCCUUGCUUUGUUCUUGUCACUGUGUGGUUCCAACACAGACCCAUCUGGACUGAUCCACCUGCAGAAAUAAAAAGAAAUGAAAUGACACAGAAUCACAAAAUGCUACUCUACAUCUGAUUAAUUUUUCCUGCCUGCUUGUGUGCUUCUAGUCUGAGUUGGGCAUUUCUCUUGACUGAAAAGGAAAAAAAAGAAAAGAAAAAAAAAAGCCAUGGUCUGAAAUUAUUUUCUUAUAUUGGCUUAACUGUAGUCAAAAGAUGCUUAUUAUGUCUGGAAGGUUUCCUUAAAAAAGAAAAAGAAAAAAGAGAGACAAUGGAAACUUAAAAAAAGCGAGAAAUGUAAUGAAUUAAAAGCUGUAUUUGACAUAUUGUGGCUUACUAUCCCAUCGUUUCCUGUUCCUAGCACGGCCUCUCAUCACACGAUUGACAAGUGAGCUUGGUUAGCUGGUUUCCACUCUCCCAAACCCUCCCCCAACCCCAUCAACUACUUCCACCUUAUUUCACAGAAAGGAGGAAGGCGUAAUACUUGACAUUGUUCUUUUUUUUUUUUUGUUUUUAAGUUCUGUUUAACAAACUGUUGAGUAAACGUGUACCAGUUACAGUUUAUGUUUUCUUUAUUUUGACCUGUAGCCAGCUUGUAUCAGAAUACUUUCAGAAUGAAAUUGAAAAAGAACAAUACUCACACUAUCAGUCUGUUAUAGAGUGUAUAUUGUAUUAACACUAAAGCCAAACUGGCUACUUUUAACAUAUUGUUAAGUAAUAUUAAAUCUUGUCUUUCUUUUUUGAAAGAUGGAAUACAGUAGUAUGGCAGGA